AUGGAUUCAAUUCAAAAUAAAGUUCACUACUGUUGUGUUUCUAAAGGUAACCACGUCCUGUAUGCAUAUAGUGGCGGAAGUGAAGAAGUUGAGAAAGUCGCGACCCAGUGCUUGGAGGCCGCACCUUCUUUUCACAGGUGGUAUUUUGAGACAAUAGGUAAAAGGACUUAUGUAUUUCUAAUGGAAGAUGGAUAUGUUUACUUCACAGUUGUUGAUGAAGGUCUUGGUAACUUGGUAGUUCUUCGGUUUUUGGAACACGUUAGAGAUGAAUUCAGAAAGGUAGCUAGAAAAGGUUCAAGGGGUUUUUCGUCAAACAUGAAUUCGAUUAACAUUCAAGAGAAAAUGGUUCCUGUCAUUCGCAAUCUGAUCACUUCGUUAGAGAACGUCUCACGUAGUGGUAGUAAUUGGAGAGACGAAGCUUCCUAUGAUGGUCUGUCUCCAUCACCGAACAAUUUGAAUGGCCAAAUCGAAGGCGCUGUUUCAACAAAAGCCCCUUUAUUAGGAAAAUCGAGCAAACCAGAGAAAAAGAAAGUAAAGGAUCACGUGAUUGUAAUGAGAGAUGUUGAGUUAGAGGAGCAUCGGAAAUCUACAGAUAGAGGAGUAAGGGCCGAUUCAGGAAAUCUAGAUGGUAUUAGCCAAAGCAGCGUAGGUGCAUCUUCUUCUUUGCAAAAGGAUAUCAGUUCAAUGAGAAUGAGACCCGCCCCUCAAAACGUUCGCAAGAAAUGGUGGCGCCAAGUACGAAUUGUUCUAGCUAUCGAUGCAGCUGUAUGUAUAAUAUUAUUUGUCAUCUGGUUAGUAGUAUGCCGCGGUAUAUCCUGCAUUCGAUAG